CACACACACACACACACACACACAAAGAGAGAGAGACAGGACCGACACACACCCCGAGCAUCAGAAGCAGGAUCAGCUCAGCCAGCGGAGCACCUGACGACCUGCUUCCUGCCACGCAGCCCACUGACUCCAGGAUGUUCGGCGGGGUGUCGGGGCGGAUCCAGCAUGAGCGGCGGCGUGCCGAGGGGCUGGGCUCCCACCAGCAGGCCCUGCGGUUCCUGCAGCAGGACUUCCAGGCCCUGCAGCAGGAGCUCCUGCAGGACGGCCAGCUGUUCCAGGACCCCACGUUCCCCGCAGAACCCGCCUCGCUGGGCUUCAAGGAGCUGGCACCGCACUCCUCCAAGACCCGCGGGGUGGAGUGGAAGAGACCCACGGAGCUGACGGACAGCCCCCAGUUCAUUGUGGGCGGAGCCACCAGGACGGACAUCUGCCAGGGGGCGCUGGGGGACUGCUGGCUGCUGGCUGCCAUCGCCUCCCUGACGCUGAACGAGACCCUCCUCCACAGGGUGGUCCCUCACGGCCAGAGCUUCCAGCACGACUACGCCGGCAUCUUCCACUUCCAGUUCUGGCAGUAUGGAGAGUGGGUGGACGUGGUGAUUGACGACCGCCUGCCGGUCAAAGAUGGAGAGCUGCUGUUCGUCCAUUCGGCCGAGGGCAGCGAGUUCUGGAGCGCCCUGCUGGAGAAAGCCUACGCCAAGCUGAACGGCUCGUACGAGGCCCUGUCCGGCGGCAGCACCACCGAGGGCUUCGAGGACUUCACGGGCGGCGUGGCCGAGAUGUUCGAGCUGAGACGAGCACCGAGGGAGCUGCCCCGCAUCAUCAGCCAGGCCCUGCAGAGGGGCUCCCUGCUGGGCUGCUCCAUCGACAUCACCAGCGCCUUUGACAUGGAGGCCGUCACCUUCAAGAAGCUGGUCAAAGGCCACGCCUACUCCGUCACCGGGCUCAGACAGGUGGAUUAUCGUGGCCGCAGCGAGCGUCUGAUCCGCAUCAGGAACCCCUGGGGUCAGAUCGAAUGGACCGGAGCCUGGAGCGACAACUCGUCGGAGUGGGACGGCGUGGACCCGGCUGUGAAGGACGAGCUGCUCUGCAGGAUGGAGGACGGAGAGUUCUGGAUGUCGUUCCAGGACUUCCUGCGUCAGUUCUCCAGGCUGGAGGUCUGUAGUUUGACUCCGGACGCUCUGAGUGCCGACGCUCAGAGCUUCUGGUCCACGGUGAAGUUUGAGGGCGGCUGGAGGCGCGGCAGCACGGCCGGCGGCUGCAGGAACCACCCCAACACGUUCUGGAUCAACCCUCAGUACAAGGUGGUGCUGCUGGAGGAGGACGACGACCCCGACGACGACGAGGCCGCCUGCAGCUUCCUGGUGGCUCUGAUGCAGAAGGACCGCCGCCGCUUCCGCCGCCACGGCCAGGACCUGCACACCAUCGGCUUCGCCAUCUACCAGGUUCCUGACGAGUUCCGGGGCUGUCAGAGCGUCCACCUGAAGAAGGAUUUCUUCCUGCGCCACUCGUCCUGCGCUCGCUCUGAGACCUUCAUCAACCUGCGGGAGGUGAGCGCCAGGCUCCGCCUCCCGCCCGGCGAGUACCUCAUCGUCCCGUCCACCUUCGAGCCCGGCAAGGAGGCCGACUUCGUGCUGCGCGUCUUCACCGAGAAGCAGUCUGAGACGCAGGAGCUGGAUGAUGAGGUGGUGGCAAACUUCGAUGAGGAGGAGGAGGUGUCAGAGAGUGACAUCGACGACUCCUUCCGGUCUCUGUUCGCCCAGCUGUCAGGAGAUGACAUGGAGAUCUCAGUGCGAGAGCUCAGGACGAUCCUGAACCGCGUUGUUUCCAAACACAGAGACCUGAAGACCGACGGCUUCAGCAUGGAGUCCUGCAGGGCCAUGGUCAGCCUCAUGGACAAAGACGGCAGCGCUCGGCUCGGGCUGCUGGAGUUCCAGAUUCUGUGGAACAAGAUCAGGAAGUGGCUGGGAAUCUUCCGGGAGUUUGACCUCGACAAGUCGGGCUGCAUGAGCUCGUAUGAAAUGCGUCUGGCUUUGGAAAACGCCGGCUUCAAGCUCAACAACCGGCUCUUCCAGAUGUUGGUCGCCAGAUACGCCGACAACGAGAUCAUCGACUUCGACAACUUCACCUGCUGCCUGGUCAAACUGGUGGCCAUGUUCAAGGCUUUCCGGGAGCUGGACCAGAGCGGGACAGGAUGUGUGGAGGUCAACCUCACCGAGUGGCUCUACAUGACCAUGUGUGGCUGAGGCUCCGCCCACAGGAAGUGGAAACAGCAGCCAUUCUGAGUCAAAGUGCCUCCAACCCUCCAGCCUCCCUGCUGCACCACCAACACACACCACUGACACCCUGCACCAUGUACUACUGCAGUGUUACUGCAGUACUACUCUGUGCCACUGCAGUACUACACUGUACUACAUUAUACUGCACUGUACUACCCUGUGCUACUGCAAUACUACACUGUACUACUAUAGCACUACACUGUACUGCAGUGUACUACUGCAGUACUAAACUGUACUUAACUGUACUACUGCUGUACUACACUGUACUACUACAGCACUAGACUGUACUGCACUGUGCUACACUGUACUACUGCAGUACUAAACUGUACUUCACAGUACCACUGCAGUACUAACACACCUGACAUAUGUUCACCCUGCAGAGCCACACUGAGCUAAUACUGCUGCAGUACAGCUGUAGUACCAUAGUACUGCUACUGUAACAUAGCACGUUAAAUAGUACUAUGGAACUGCAUCAGUACUACAAUACAGCAUCAGUACUGCAGUACUGGUACUUCUUUGUCUUCCUUUCUGACUGUGAGCUAAACACCAGAAAUCCUGCAAUACUGCCUCAGUGUGAGUACAGCAUGGUACACGCAGUACUGAUACUAGCUGACUGCAGUACUGCAGUAGUACUGAAGGCUGUCAGCUGUUUCCCUGCCUGACCUGCAGCUCGUCUGUUAAGUCGCCCUGAGGCUCGUCUGAGAGGCAGAGACCAAGCCCUGCAUGCCUCUAGACACGCCCCUUUCCCUGGACACGCCCCUCCACCGGACACGCCCUCCCUCUUCCCCGGACACGCCUCCCUCCACUCUUCAGGCUGUGGGCGUGUCCCCAGCAGGCUGUGGGCGUGUCCUGAGGUGGGCGUGUCCAGGUGCUGUGCGGCGGGCUGCAGGCAGGGGGCGCUGUGACAUGAACCUGCAUGUUUAGACUGAAGCACUAGUGACGCUGUAGCUUUACCUCAGCAGACUGAGCCUGAGAGCCUCCAGCAGCACAUCACACACUGAUCAGCUCGUUAUUGAUCACAUCAGCAUGUUAUUGAUCAGAAACAUCACAAAACAAUCUGAUCAGGAACCAGGACAGAGAAACUCAGCAUGCAGUUUGCUCUCCUAACAGGAAGUGAUGCGGGUCGGGACAGGAAGUGAUGUGGAUGUGCUGCGUGCGGCUCGGGUUCAGCUGCAAACUGUUUAGUAUUUAACCUCAGCAGCUCGUCGCUCUGUAGAGGAGCGCUUAGCCUCGCCUGCCUUCACCUGAAUAAAAGACAAACACCUGA